UCAAAAACACAGUUAUAUAGGGAAAGCUACUCAAGCAUAAGAGAGAGAGAGAUAAACGCAUUUGUGACAAGAGAUUGAGAAUAAGGCGGUGAUUCGAAUCUACAAUCGACUCCAGUCAAGGUUCAACCUAGCCAAGAGACUUAUGUUUAUACCAUCAUCCCAAGAUCAAAUGUACGCCGACCAAGAGGAUGCUCACUUGAAUUCUAAGAUUAAUGGUGUGCAAGGUGGAUCACUGCAAGAAGCUGAAAUGGCUGUCUCUAUGUCUAAGAAAAUGGAGAAUGAUCUGUCGAAGCUUGGUGGAAUAAUAAAGAAACAUGAAGAGGAUCUUAAGAUAUUGCAGUCUCAAAGGAACAAAAUGGAGCGCACUAUUCUGGAUCUGCGAGUUACUCUUGGGAUGUAUCAUUCAUCUCCAAAAGCUGUGGACCCUGUUUGUAUCAAAAGUGAGGAGGAAACAAGUGAAAGCAUAUCAAAGCAUGAUAAAUCUGCUGCUGGUGUUCUAUACCAACUGAAUACUCAUCAUGCCAGCCAUACUUCUGAGCUUCCUUUAAUUAAGAAUGUGCUGGGUACUGUUGCAACACUGGGUAGAGUAGAUGAUGACAAUCUCAGCAGGCUUCUAUCAGAGUACCUAGGGAAAGAUCUUAUGUUGGCUGUUGUAUGUAAGACUUAUGAUGGUGUCAAAGCGCUGGAAGCAUAUGAUAAGGAUGGUUCUAUAAUAAAAGGUUCUGGGCUUCAUGGUCUUGGAGCUUCUAUUGGAAGGCCCCUGACUAACCGUUUUAAUGUCAUUUGUCUAGAAAAGUUAAGACCUUAUUUUGGAGAAUUUAUUCCUAGUGAACCUCAAAGGAGACUUGAUUUACUGAAACCACAAUUACCCAAUGGGAAUACACCACUUGGAUUCAUUGGGUUUGCAGUAAACAUGAUCAAUGUUGAUACUGCAAAUUUGUUCGGCCUCACCCCCAAUGGGCUCGGUCUCAGGGAGACUCUGUUCUAUUCGCUCUUCUCCAGCCUUCAAGUGUACAAAACAAGGGCAGAAAUGUUGCAAGCUCUUCCUCUUAUAAGUGAUGGGGCAAUAUCCUUGGAUGGUGGGAUGCUGAAGACUACAGGAGUGUUUUCCUUGGGUGAUCAGGCAGACAUAGGCUUGAAAUUCCCAAAAAGCUCUGGGGUGGCUAAUCUGUCUGUGACUUAUUAUGAGACUGAAAAACAAAUAAAGGCGAUGGAAUUGAAAAAGGAAAAGGCCCAGAAAGACAUGAAGAGAUUACUGAUGCUGCUAAGCAAUGCAAGAGCCAGUUUUGAAAUUAAGAAGCAUGAGUUUUUGAUGUUCCUGGCACAAGGCUCGUCAUAUAUUCAUCAGGAGCAGUAGAAGACUGAACAAGAUAGAGGACGACUAUGAGAUGAUUACUAAAUAUAAUGUUAGUUGAGUCUUAUGAUGGUCAUGUUCUUCUUGGGAUUGCAAAUCUCGAACAUCUUUUUGGUGCAAAAUGUAUGUUUUCCAAAUGCAUUUUUGUUUAUAAUGAUGUAAACUCCUAAUUGCUAGCAUCAUAGUAGAAGGAAUGUUGUUUAGUUUGUACUGCUUAUUACGAUCAUGUGUUCACAAUGAUGAGCCCUUCAGAAGCAUAAUUUUAGGCUGUGAUUCAUUCAAACUUGAUAUGAAGUUAUUUAUAUCAAUGUUAAGACUCGUGGCCAAUGCA